AUGGCUAAAACGUUAACACCCAUUAAACUCUUGCUACUACUUCCACCUUUUCUUAUACUAACCAUCUUCUACCUAUCUUUUUUUAAUCAAAUCCAUUUCAAUAUCAUUUUUUUUCCUAAUUACUUGCCUAACAAUAAUAAUCAAUCCAACCCUUCAAUUAGCAACAUUAAUCAUCAUCAUCAUCAUCAUCAUCAUGGUAACAUUUCAUUCAUUACCAAGAUAUUAAUAUUAAAAAAGGAAAAAGAGAAGAAAAACAACAACAACAACCAUAGUUUGGAGAAGAUUGAGAAUGGGUUGGCUCGAGCUCGGGCUGCAAUUCGAGCUGCAGCCCGACGUCAGAGUUAUAAGUUGGAGGGUGACGAGAUUUUCAUACCUAGAGGACCAGUUUAUCGGAAUCCAUAUGCUUUUCAUCAGAGCCACAAAGAGAUGGUAAAAAGAUUGAAGAUAUGGAGUUAUAAAGAAGGGGAAAGACCCUUAAUACACCAAGGACCAAUGAGUUACGUGUAUGGUAUUGAAGGACAAUUCAUUCAAGAAAUGGAGAGUGAUAUAAGUUCCAUGACAAAGUAUAUGGCUAAUAACCCUAAUGAGGCUCAUCUUUUUUUCCUACCAUUAAGCAUUGUCAAUAUAAGAGUAUCCUUCUACAACACUACUGAUGUCAAUGAUCGUAAACCAAUGAAAACAAUUCUUACUGAUUAUGUUAAUGUGAUUGCCAACAAAUAUCCUUUUUGGAAUAGAAGCCAUGGUGCUGAUCAUUUCAUGCUUUCUUGCCAUGAUUGGGCACCAGAAAUCACAUUAACCAACCCAAAAUUAUUCAAGAAUCUCAUAAGAGCACUUUGUAAUGCUAACACAUCAGAAGGAUUUCAACCUUUGAUAGAUGUCCCAAUUCCAGAAGUAAAUGUCCCUUCAAAAGAACUAAACCAACCAAGCUUGGGUGUACAAACAAAUAAACGUAAAAUCCUAGCAUUUUUCGCAGGUGGCAACCACGGUCAUGUUAGGAAGUUCUUAUUUGAGCAAUGGGGACAAGAUGACGAAAUUCAAGUUCGCGAAAAUCUUCCUAAGACUCAAAAUUAUUUCGAAAUUUUAGGGCAAUGCAAGUUUUGCUUGUGCCCUAGUGGUUACGAAAUUGCAAGUUCAAGAAUUGUUGAAGCGAUACGUGCUGAAUGUGUUCCCGUCGUUGUUAAAGAUAAUUACUCAUUUCCUUUUAGCGAUGUUCUUGAUUGGAGUCGAUUCUCAAUUCAUGUUCCUAAGGCAAAAAUUCCAGAAAUCAAGAGCAUUUUAAAAGGGAUUUCUUCACAAAAAUAUGAAGAAUUGGUUCAAGGAGUUAAGAGUGUUAAGUGGCAUUUUACUUUUAAUAGACCUUCUAAACCAUUUGAUAUAGUCCAUAUGGUGUUACAUUCUAUAUGGUUGCGAAGGCUUAAUAUUAGACUAUAG